CCGGAAGUGAGGACCUGUAGCUGCCAGAAGAGACAGCGCGUGAGACUCCGGUUUUUUUAGGCAGAUUCCCCAGCUUUCGCCGAGGUGGUCUGCGGAAAGGUGAGCUUGCGGACUUUCGUGGGGCCAGUGCCACGUAUUCGCUGCAGUCCGGAGGGAAGAAAUCAGCGUCGGAUAUAAGAACGAAUGCCAGAGAAAAACAAUUUAGAAGAUCAAGAUGUUGAUGAACUUUAGGAUAUUUACAGUGAAUCAUCACAAAAUAUCCAGUUUGCACAUGAAUAAUAUGUGCUGCUGUAAAAUAAUAGCAAGUUUAAAAAGAUUAAAGCCACAUAUACCUGUUGGAAGAAAUUAUGGUUCCUUACCAGGAUUAAUAGAAAAUGAUAUCAAAUCGCUUCGUUCCAUCAUCAAUCCUCCUAUAGCUAAAAUCCGUAAUAUUGGAAUUAUGGCUCAUAUAGAUGCCGGCAAAACUACCACUACUGAAAGAAUAUUAUACUAUUCUGGAUACACACGAUCACUAGGAGAUGUUGAUGAUGGAGACACGGUGACAGAUUUCAUGGCUCAAGAACGAGAAAGAGGCAUUACUAUUCAAUCAGCUGCUGUUACUUUUGAUUGGAAAGGGUAUAGAAUCAAUCUAAUUGAUACACCAGGUCAUGUUGACUUCACCUUGGAGGUUGAGCGCUGCCUAAGAGUUUUGGAUGGUGCAGUGGCUGUAUUUGAUGCCUCUGCUGGUGUAGAGGCCCAGACUCUCACUGUAUGGAGGCAAGCUGAUAAACACAAGAUACCUCGAAUCUGUUUUUUAAACAAGAUGGACAAAACUGGAGCAAGUUUUAACUACUCAGUUGAAACCAUCAGAGAGAAGUUGAAGGCAAAGCCUUUACUUUUACAGUUACCAGUUGGUGAAGCCAAAACUUUCAGAGGAGUAGUGGAUGUAGUAAGUAAAGAAAAACUUAUUUGGAAUCCCAAUUCAGAUGAUGGAAAAGACUUUGAGAGAAAACCCCUCUUGGAAAUGAACGAUCCUGAAUUACUGAAGAAGACAAUUGAAGCAAGGAAUACCUUAAUUGAACAAGUUGCAGAUUUGGAUGAUGAAUUUGCUGGCUUCGUUUUAGAAGAAUUUAGUGAAAAUUUUGAUUCACUACCAGCUGAAAAGCUACAGACUGCAAUACACAGAGUCACACUGGCUCAGACAGCAGUGCCUGUACUUUGUGGAAGUGCUCUGAAAAACAAGGGUGUACAGCCAUUAUUAGAUGCUAUUACUAUGUACUUGCCUUCACCUGAAGAGCGCAACUAUGAAUUUCUGCAGUGGUAUAAGGAUGACUUAUGUGCACUGGCAUUUAAAGUUCUCCAUGACAAGCAGCGAGGACCACUGGUUUUUAUGCGCAUUUACUCAGGCACAAUAAAACCCCAAUUGGCUAUCCAUAAUAUUAAUGGAAACUACACGGAGAGAAUAAGUCGUCUGCUUUUACCCUUUGCUGACCAACAUAUAGAAAUCCCUUCACUGACUGCUGGUAACAUUGCUUUGACUGUUGGACUUAAACGUACUGUCACUGGGGACACCAUUGUCUCAUCAAAAUCCAGUGCAUUAGCUGCAGCACGGCGAGCCAAGCGGAAAGGAGAAAAGGAUAGAAAAAACCGUGAAGUGGAGACACUUUUAUUGGCUGGAGUAGAGGUUCCAGAACCUGUUUUCUUCUGUACGAUAGAGCCCCCAUCAGUGGCCAAGCAGCCAGAUUUGGAUCAUGCAUUGAAAUGUCUUCAACGUGAAGAUCCCAGUUUGAAAGUGAGACUAGAUCCUGACUCUGGACAAACUGUUCUGUGUGGGAUGGGGGAGUUACAUAUUGAGAUUAUUCAUGACCGAAUCAAGAGGGAAUAUGGACUGGACACCUAUCUAGGGCCUCUCCAGGUGGCGUACCGAGAGACCAUCCUAAGUGCAGUUCGUGCCACAGAUACCUUAGAUAAAACUUUAGGAGACAAACGGCAUCUCGUGACUGUAGACCUGGAAGUAAAGCCAACUCAGUCAUCAUCUGUUACACCAGUGAUUGAGUAUGCUGAGGAUAUUAGUGAAGAUAUUUUGAAGACCUCCCAGGAGGCCAUUGAAAAUGGAAUUCACAUGGCAUGCCUUCAAGGCCCACUGCUCGGAUCCCCAAUUCAAGAUGUGACAGUUACUUUACAUUCACUGAUAACUCAUCCUGGUACUUCCACAACUAUGAUUUCUGCCUGUGUCUCAAGAUGUAUACAAAAGGCUCUAAAGAAAGCUGAUAAGCAAGUUUUAGAGCCUCUGAUGAACCUUGAGGUUACUGUAACUAGAGAGUACCUCAGCCCUGUCCUGGCAGAUCUGGCGCAAAGAAGAGGAAACAUCCGAGAAAUUCAGACUCGCCAGGAUAACAGAGUUGUCAUUGGAUUUGUUCCCUUAGCAGAAAUUAUGGGUUACUCAACUGUGCUUCGAACACUAACAUCAGGCUCAGCUACUUUUGCCUUAGAAUUAUCUACUUACCAAGCCAUGAAUCCUCAAGAUCAGCGUACACUGCUCAACCAGAGAAGUGGUUCAACCAAAGUGUUUUAG